CGCAUACACAAAACUCCCCCAGCCCGCCGUCCCUGAGCUCUCAUACAUCUCACCCGCUCCAGCCCACAAUCCAUCUCAAAAUCAUCACCUUUUCCACCACACACCUCAAAUCCGGUCAAGAUGAGUGCAAUCGCUGACGACGGACCAACCAAGCCCAUUGAGGUGCUCUUUGUCGCCCACGACGGCUUUGACACCUUGGACUUGCUUGGUCCUCUCGAGGUCUUUUCCCAGGCCAAACACGACGGUGGGAAGGAUGUCAAGGGCAUGAAGGCCUUCAACACAACCAUUGCUGCACCCACUCAAGGCGUCAAGACUGCUCAAGACGUCACGAUCAAGGCAGACAUUGACCUUGACGAUGCACUCGAAGAUUUGAAUGACUAUGACAUCCUUGUCAUCCCGGGUGGCAGCACCGAACCCUUCACGGGCGAUGGCGGGGAAAAGAAGCAGCCCAUCCCACUGAUCAAGGCAUGGGCCGAUCUCCAGCGAAACGACCCUUCGAAAGAACGAACCCUGUUCAGUGUUUGCACCGGCAGUCUACUCCUCGCCAAAGCCGGCGUCCUCCAAGGCCUUGCCGCCACCACCCAUCCUGAUCACUACACCCGACUGGAGAUGUUGUGCCAGGAAGCGUCCGUGAAGGACACUGGAAUCCGCACAGACGUCAUGGAGGAGCGUUAUGUGGUCAACAACGCGCGCUUCGAUCUGGGAGAGAAGCCAGAAGACAACCCGUUCAUCACCAGCAGAAAGCCCGACGCCCGUCGCCCAAGCAUCAUACAAGGACGCAAGGGCAGCGAGAGCUUCAAGCAAGCCAAGAGAAGGGAGAGUUUGCUCAAGCGGGCAAACAUGCCUCUGGGUGGUCUGCGAGUGAUCACCGCUGGCGGAAUCACUUGCGGCAUAGAUGCGGCCCUGUACCUCGUCGCUGCCCUGGUCAGCGUCGAGUCCGCCCAUGAGGUUGCCCGCGUCACUCAGUACAAUUGGCAGAAGGGGGUAACGGUCGAGGGUAUUGACGUCUAGAAGGGGCGGUUGAAGGCUCAUCACUGGCUUGACUUCUGACAGCUUGAAACAUGGCGGGGCUGGAAUGAACAUUGAUCUGUAUGGUGCAAAAGGGUAACGGCUGAAAUGAUGAAAUCUUCGAUAUCGUAUCUUAAAUGAAAAUUACAAACAUUUGCACCUGUCG